AUGAAGGUUUCUGUUCCAAGAUUUGGCAAGAUUCCCUGGUUUAGUGAGGCCAGCCUCAUCAACAAGCCAUUAGUGUUCAGCCUCCCCAGAAGAUAUCCUCACUCCUCUGCCACCUUUCUGCUUUCAUCCAAGAAGGAUAUGAAUUUGCCAAUUUUAUUCCAAGUUCCGGAUGUCUUCUCUGAGGCCGGGAGGACCCAGAGAGACCCCGUGCUGAUCAGAAACAAGCAGCUGUGCUCCACGUGCCAAGAAAAGAAAAUGGUACGACCAACAACUGUGGUGAUCCCAGAUGACCUGAAACUACCCUUUGCAAAUUUAAUGGGUCGUAGAACGAUGCAUCUUCAUCCACCAAAAGCCCGGGCUCUACCCAAACGUUCUCAUGAUGACAUCCCAACAGAGAGCGUUCACCAUAGACUGCCCAUCCUGGGCCCCAGGACAGCUGUCUUCCAUGGGCUGCUGUCAGAUGCCUUCACAGCUUUGCAGGAGACACAGCUCUCUUCCUUGCCCAGAAAGGGGCCCAUGGACAAGUCAGAGAGGCAGUGAGUGCUCGGAGCUCAUCACCUACCGGACCCUCAGGGAGAAAGCAACCUCACUGAGCCAGUUUCUGACACUAGUGCCUUCUCAUAAUUUCCUCUUAGCAUGAAAAAGAUGACUCAGUGCUGCCUUCCUGACCAUUGCUAGAAUCCUGCCUCUUGCCAUUCUCCUCUGGCUCAUUUCUCCUAGAGACCAAAUGGUUCGUGGCACAUGAUGAUAAAGAUGUGUUGAUUAAAA